AUGUCAGAUGCCGAAUUUGGAUGUGAGCAUCUCAGGGACGUUCUAGAAAAAGACGAGAAAACUGCUAGCCAGUUCCAUCAUGCUCUCCUCCAGGCACAUCAGGGAGCGCCUCCCAAGCCUGCGGAAAUAAAGUCAUUGAAGCCCUUCUAUCCCUGUCUAGAGUGCUCUACGGUCUGCACAUUGGUGAGCCGGUAUACCCAUUUCCAGAACUCAGGCCACAAAUUUUUCACGGAUUCCCGAACCGGCACCAUAUUCUGCUUAGGAUGCGAUGAUUACGUUUACGACGCGGAGCUAGAGAGCUUCCUCUUCGACCCUUCAGUACUUAAAAAACGUAAACUUGAUUCUGGGAACGAUGACGAUCAAGCCUAUGUCAUUGCUAAUGCGAACAAGAGAGUCUGUGGGAAGGAAGGCGUUAGGGGUUUGUUUAACCUAGGCCAAACCUGCUAUAUGAAUGUCAUACUACAAACAUUGCUUCAUGACCCCCUUCUGACCACAUACUUUCUCGGAAAUAACCAUCAUACGUACGAUUGCACAAUCCAGAACUGCAUUAGCUGUGCUGUUUCCGAAGCCUUUGCCGAAUUUAAUAACGACGACAAGACGGAAGGCUUUGGCGCGCUUAAUUUACUAUUAGCCUCAUGGAGAUCCAGUCCGUUUUUGGUAGACAAGUUACACGCAGGGGCUCAUGACCACGUUGAGAACCAUAACAAAACAUGCCACUGCUUUUUCCAUAACGCUUUUUACGGAAAGCUGCGAAGCAGCGUAACUUGUGACAAGUGCGGGAAUGUCACACAGACGGAGGAUCAGAUGAUAGACCUCAGUUUGGACGUUCAAGUCCAGAAGAAAAAGCGAGCGCUUGGCGGUGGUGAAUCAACCGCGACCCCGACGCUUGACGGCUGCUUGCAGAGCUUUACCUCGCCGGAGAAGCUCAUGGCGGAUGCGUACAACUCUGAAGCCGCCAUUCUGACGCAAAAUUUUCGACAGCGAUUCGAGCAUACUCUUUCCGUGUCGGAAAAAGUCGAAGGAAAAAUUGACUUCCCGCUCUCUAUCAACAUGCUCCCAUAUACCACCCGUGCACACUGCAAGAACGAAGGGGGCCAUUCAAAUUUUUUGUACGAUCUUUCCAGUGCUGUUGUCCACAAGGGCAAGCUCGACGCUGGACAUUAUUAUGUUUAUUGUCGACAGGGCGAGCAGUGGUACCUGUUCAACGAUGACCAAGUGACUGUAGUUAACGAGGCGGAGGUGUUAGCUGCCGACGCCUACCUUCUUUUCUACACCCUUCAUGCUCUGUCUGGAGCUAGCUAG